GAACGGUGCAACAUCUUAAACGCCGUUGCCCGAUUGAGACUGACCGAAAACGGCUGAGACCGAUCGGUUGAUACCCCUUGCCUGAGAGGUGUACGACAUGGAGGACUCGGUGACGGCGGUCUCCGAUGGAGAAGAAGUUGAGACUCUGGUCACUAUAGGUUCUUAUGGGGAGCCGGUUCGACUCGUUCGGGAUUCGUCCGAGGAGAUCUUGCUGUUGUGGGCGAUUCAACAACCAACUCUAUCCAAGCAAAACGCCUUUGUCUUCCAAUCUUCUCUGAAGCUCGAAUUGGAGGCUUGUGGUCACCGUCUCAUCAUCUCUCAGUCACCUUCAUCCAUGAGCACACCAGGAGUAACUGGGGCAGUGAUGUGGGACAGUGGGAUUAUUUUAGGGAAGUUCUUGGAGCAUGCGGUGGACUCAGGGGGGCUUCUUCUUCGAGGCAAGAAGGUUGUUGAAUUGGGAGCUGGCUGUGGACUAGUAGGCUGUGUUGCUGCUCUUCUGGGUGCUGUGAUUGUUCUUACCGAUCUUCCGGAUCGACUGAGAUUGCUAAAGAAGAACAUUGAAAAUAAUGUGACAGAAAAUGAUGUGCUGGGUUCUGCAACUGUGAGGGAGCUCAUAUGGGGAGAUGAUCUAGACUCAGAGUUAACUGAUCCUCUUCCUGAUUAUGUACUUGGGUCAGAUGUCAUCUACAGUGAAGGUGCAGUAACAGAUCUGCUGGCAACACUAAAGAAACUAUGUGGAAUUCAGACAACAAUUAUAUUGACUGGAGAACUACGAAAUGAUGUUGUUCUUGAAUAUUUUUUGGAUGCUGCAUUGAAGGACUUCAUUGUUGGGCGCGUGGAUCAGAGACAGUGGCAUCCGGAUUAUCACAGUAGUAGAGUUGUGAUGCUUGUCUUGGAGCGGAAAAAAAUAAAGGAGGGUUUGGAAUUAGAUCCUCCCUGAGUUCCAUUUUGUCUGGAUGGCUCUCUUCAUGGAGUAAGAUGAUAAGGAACCAACUCCUCUUCUUCUCUUCCACAUUAAGAGAGACUGGCAUUCAACUGAUGUGCCCUACAAGGGAGAUUUUGGCAAGCACCGCAGUUACCAGUAGAGAGGCCUGAGUUACUUAACAGUGACAUUAUUUAUUUCUAUGUUCUCUAAUAUUUUCUGGGUAUAAAAUAGUAGAUUUUCUUAGAGCCCGACAAUUGUUAUUUGAUGUUUGUGUACAGAAAUUAGGGGAUGAGUGUUCAUGGUUCUGUUACUCCCAUGGUUUAUAGAGAGGUGUAAUGACUUGGCCUUAAGCCCUAAAAUCACCCAAUGCUCAGAAGAGAGAAUCUUUCUUUCUUAUUUGUAAAUUAGACUAACAAGACUUGAUAGAAGUGGAUGAACAAUGUUAUAUACUAGUUUCUUCUCUCUUUUAAACAA